AGAGCAGCGCCUGGGACCCGCCACCUGCCCCGUGGUCCUGCCCCGCGCCGCCUGCAACAUGUUCCCGCGCUGCCUGGGCCGCCUGGCUGGGCCUCUGCAGAGACGCUGGCGGCUGGACACGCCCGGCCUGCGGGCCCAGCACAGCCGCGCGGCUGCGGCUGCAGCUGGGGAGGUGCCCGGCUGGACCGGGCAGGAGAGCCUGGCGGAGAGCGACCCCGAGAUGUGGGAGCUGGUGCAGAAGGAGAAGGAUCGGCAGUGCCGGGGCCUGGAGCUCAUUGCCUCCGAGAAUUUCUGCAGCCGCGCCGCGCUGGAGGCCCUGGGCUCCUGUCUGAACAACAAGUACUCGGAGGGCUACCCCGGCAAGAGGUACUACGGGGGGGCCGAGGUGGUGGACCAAAUCGAGCUGCUGUGCCAGCAGCGGGCACUGGAGGCCUUUGACCUGGACCCCGCCCGCUGGGGGGUGAACGUCCAGCCCUACUCGGGGUCACCCGCCAACUUCGCCGCCUACACGGCCCUGCUGCAGCCCCACGAGCGCAUCAUGGGCCUGGACCUGCCGGACGGCGGCCACCUGACCCACGGGUACAUGUCGGACGUCAAGCGCAUCUCGGCCACCUCCAUCUUCUUCGAGUCCAUGCCCUAUAAACUCAAC